AUGUCUCUCAGUCGGCAGCCCAGGGGCUGCGGCCGGGCAGACGCCGCGAAACCCUCGCUCUCCCCCGCCCCGCUUCCGGGCCUGCCCGCCUCGGUAACGGAACCAGCGUCGGGUGGGGACAUCCUGGCUAGGCCCGGCCGGACCGUUCCUGAGGGUGGGACCGCGCUCCCCACAGGCCGGCGUCGCGAGGGCCUGCGUUACUCCUCCUCUUUCUCCUCCUUCUCCCGCGGCUUCUGCGCGGAGAGGCGUCGCCCGGGAUCUGGGCUGGGAAGCAGGACCUUUGUGGGAAGACAAGGCGGUUUUAUCACAGAGGGGAUAACGAGGCAGGGGAGAAAGGUUUCCUUAAAGACAGGAAAAAUGGAAGAAUCUGUAAACCAAAUGCAGCCACUGAAUGAGAAGCAGAUAGCCAAUUCUCAGGAUGGAUACGUAUGGCAAGUCACUGACAUGAAUCGUCUACACCGGUUCUUAUGUUUUGGUUCUGAAGGUGGAACUUACUAUAUCAAAGAACAGAAGUUGGGCCUUGAAAAUGCUGAAGCUUUAAUUAGAUUGAUUGAAGAUGGCAGAGGAUGUGAAGUGAUACAAGAAAUAAAGUCAUUUAGUCAAGAAGGCAGAACCACAAAACAAGAGCCUGUGCUCUUUGCACUUGCCAUUUGUUCCCAAUGCUCUGACAUAAGCACAAAACAAGCAGCAUUUAAAGCUGUUUCUGAAGUUUGUCGCAUUCCUACCCAUCUCUUUACUUUUAUCCAGUUUAAGAAAGAUCUGAAGGAAAGCAUGAAAUGUGGUAUGUGGGGACGUGCCCUCCGGAAGGCUAUAGCGGACUGGUACAAUGAGAAAGGUGGCAUGGCCCUUGCUCUGGCAGUUACAAAAUAUAAACAGAGAAAUGGCUGGUCUCACAAAGAUCUGUUAAGAUUGUCGCAUCUUAAACCUUCCAGUGAAGGACUUGCAAUUGUGACCAAAUAUAUUACAAAGGGCUGGAAAGAAGUUCAUGAAUUGUAUAAAGAAAAAGCACUCUCUGUGGAGACUGAAAAAUUAUUAAAAUAUCUGGAAGCUGUAGAGAAAGUGAAGCGCACAAGAGAUGAGCUAGAAGUCAUUCAUCUAAUAGAAGAACACAGAUUAGUUAGAGAACAUCUUUUAACAAAUCACUUAAAGUCUAAAGAGGUAUGGAAGGCUUUGUUACAAGAAAUGCCUCUUACUGCAUUACUAAGGAAUCUAGGAAAGAUGACUGCUAAUUCAGUACUUGAACCAGGAAAUUCAGAAGUAUCUUUAGUAUGUGAAAAACUGUGUAAUGAAAAACUAUUAAAAAAGGCUUGUAUACAUCCAUUUCAUAUUUUGAUUGCAUUAGAAACUUACAAGACAGGUCAUGGGCUCAGAGGAAAAUUGAAGUGGCGCCCUGAUGAAGAAAUUUUGAAAGCAUUAGAUACUGCUUUUUAUAAAACAUUUAAGACAGUUGAACCAACCGGAAAACGUUUCUUACUAGCUGUUGAUGUCAGUGCUUCUAUGAACCAAAGAGUUGUGGGUAGUAUACUCAACGCUAGUACAGUUGCUGCAGCAAUGUGCAUGGUUGUCACACGAACAGAAAAAGAUUCUUACGUAGUUGCUUUUUCAGAUGAAAUGGUACCAUGUCCAGUGACUACAGAUAUGACCUUACAACAGGUCUUAAUGGCUAUGAGUCAGAUCCCAGCAGGUGGGACUGAUUGCUCUCUUCCAAUGAUCUGGGCUCAGAAGACAAACACACCUGCUGAUGUCUUCAUUGUAUUCACUGAUAAUGAGACCUUUGCUGGAGGUGUCCAUCCUGCUAUUGCUCUGAGGGACUAUCGAAAGAAAAUGGAUAUUCCAGCUAAAUUGAUUGUUUGUGGAAUGGCAUCAAAUGGUUUUACCAUUGCAGACCCAGAUGAUAGGGGCAUGUUGGAUAUGUGUGGCUUUGAUACUGGAGCUCUGGAUGUAAUUCGAAAUUUCACGUUAGAUGUGAUUUAACCAUAAGGAGCAGCACAAACCAGAGAUCCAUUGCCAUCGGUGAUCUCACUUAAAAAUACACAGCUACUUCCCAGCAAAUCCCCAUCAAAUGAACGACGAUGGUAUAGUAUGUGCUCAAUGGAAAGUUACCUUUCCAAAAAAAAUGAACGAAAAAUAAGAUGGGCCCAAAGGUCUAUCUACUAAACUAGCUCUUGGGGAAAUAGCUUCAGGAUACUGUAGUUUCCUCUAGCUAACAGAGAACUUUUUAUUAAUAGAAACUGUAAAAUAGUUUUCCUUUGUUAAAUAAUACAUGUGUACUUAAAAGAGGUAAGAGCAAAAAGUGUAAUUCCACAUCAUGUCACUUGUUUCAAAGUGCUUAAUGUUUUCUUAAAUGUUUUCAUUGGGAAAGGACAGCUUUGAUAAUGUCCAAAUACUCUGAAAUGCACUAGACCAUGUAACUGUGAUGGAAUAUGAAACUCAUCUGUAACUUUUAUACAAAGGGGGUAAAAAAAAAAAACUAAGACAUUUGGUUAAAUUAUGAAUGAGUUUUACAAAUUCCUUUCAGAGUUUUCUAAGGUUACAGAAAUAACAGCUUUCUUAUUCAAUGAAAAAGAUAUUUCUGAUAUUUUAUUUGCACUUGUAGAAUAUGUUACCAUUAAUCAGAAACAUCAUGGCAACCUCUAAGAAUAAACUAAAGUUUGUGUUAGCUGAGGAAUUCUAUUUGGUUUGCUUUUUUUUUGCUUUGUUAUAUUUUAUUGCUGCAAGGGGUGUGACUUGAUAAUGCUUUUCCUCUGAAUUAUAACAUAGCCAGAUGUAGUCUCACACUUUUUUAAUAAUCUUAAGUGAAAAUAAUGUAAAAUGUUUCAAGCGCUUAACUCCCUCAUGCACAAAGUAUAGCAAUUAAAAUCUCAACUAUAACCAAAUUAGCUUUUUCCUUAUUUUUAAAAUAAAAAUUGUUUAAAUUAGUUUUAACUAGUUGUUUAGUCAAUAUUUUUAAAUUGUAUACCUGGCCUCUCUGCCCAUUAUUCAUUUUGUGGCAGAAUAUUCUUUGAUAAUGUAAAGAAAUAAUAAGGCAAUCUAUGUCCAUUAGAUUUGAAAGACAGUUUUUGAGUAGCAUAUGACCAGCUAACCAGUCACUAGGAAUUUUGUUUUCAAUAUUAUUUGUAUGUAUUAAACUUUUCAUUACAGUAAAGUGCAUUAUUUUCUUGAGAAAGUAUCCUUCAUUGUGAGGUUUAACAUUAAAGUAAUCUGUUGAAAUCCCAUUAUCUUUGCUUAUAAUUUUAUUAUGGUCGUCUAAGAUAGCUUACACAUGAAACUUGUCUGCAUACUCGUUCGCUAAAUAUGAGUUGAAGAUUUACUGAGGGUUUGUAAGAUCCUUCAGGCUGUUAUGUGAAAAGUUAAACUGUAGUUAAUGUAAAUUAUAGCCUUUUAGGUGCUUAGGGGUAGAGGUUUUAUGUUUUUUGGAACAGGGGGACUUCAGUAGUAUGAGGAUUUCUGUACAUAUUUUCUUCUGUUUUAUGUGAAAUUUGGGCUCUGAGAAUAAGAAAAUGUUCCUUUCAAAUGUAUUUGAUAUAUUAAUGCUAGUUUUGAUACGUACUCAUUCCUUCAAGGCGACUGGUAGCAGUUUUUAAGGGUGAUUUACCGGAGAUAUUUUUGGUGAGCAAAGCUCAUAGCACCCCCAUCCCCACUCAGAUAUGCAUUGCUUCUGAUAUUGCUCACGUUUUUAACCCUCUGUCAAGCAUUGAACUGAACAUAUUAGCUACUUUUGAUACAUUAAAAUAUUAUGUUCAGAUUGAAUUUAAAGUUUAAAGAAUCUAACAAUUAUAUAAUAGUUCUUGAAUUCUUUUAAACCCAAGAUCUUAAAAAUUAUAACAUGAUCAUUUUAUUCCUAAUAGAAAUGUUAUAGUACAAAAAUGUGUUACCUUCAGUUAAAUAUAGCACAAAAAUGUAUUACCUACUAUUUCCAUAAUGCUUUUAGACAAAUAUAUCUAUGAGUUAAUAUUAAAUCCAUCAAGGAUACAAGACUAGAUGGAUAUGACCUUUUUGAAGUGUUUAGGUAGGUCUAAUUAAAUGGACUAUGGUAACAUUUACAAAAGAAAAAAGUAGGAGAAGCUACCACAGAAGGUAACUUUUCACAUCAUGGCACAUUAGAGCCGAAAGAAACCUUAAAACCUAAAAGCUAAUUUUUAAAUUUUUGUUAGAGAGCUGAGGUCCAACACAGAAUGUGAUUCUCAAGUACUAUGACCUAGAAAUCUUGUUCUCUUCAUUCCUAUGCCAGAAUUUAUUUCCUCACAACAUGGGAACACAUGAUCUCAGAAGAGUAAAGGAUAAAAAAGAAUUUUUUAAGACUUUCACCUUAUUUGGUUAUUAGGAAAUAGUGUAUAUAUAUGAUUGCUUUAGGAGUAGACAAAUAGAAUGGGAACAUGUACAAUUUUGUAAUUCAUAGUAAUCCUUAAGCCCAAUUAACCUGUGUUGCUAUAUAUAUCUACAUAUAUAGAGAAAAAAGUAAAAACUUUACCUCAUUAUGAAUAAAAUGUACUGAUGUGAUAAACAAGUUUUUUAUUUCCUGAAUUCUACUUUUAGGAUCACUGUUAAAUUAAUAUUUGGGAAGAUACUGCUUUUAAAAACAACCCUAUAAGAAUAAACAAACUUUAUUUCCUAGGUAAUAUGUAAAUAGUUCCAGGAUAUAGUUGUAAUUAGCAAAACAAACUAAUCUUAUAGUCCCACCCUUUAUUAGUUGAAAGUUCUUGGAAAUUCCAUUUAUUAAUACUUAAAUUAUUUAGUAUCUAUUUUAUGAGGGUGUUAGUAAGGCGAGAUGCUGGUGAAUGGAAUUUAGUGUUACCCUUUGGAAACUCCUUUGCUUUUAUCUAAUUUACUGUGUGACUGUAGACAACCAAUUUAACCUAAGUGAUUUGAUUUUUUUUAUCUUUAAAAAGUAACAUAUCUGUGCUUAGAUCAUAGAAUAAUCAGUGAUUUAAUAUUUACAUAAAAAUUGAAACUGGGAAGAAGGCUCACAAUACAAGUUAGAAUUCUUUUUUCGUUUUUAGUUAAAAACACUCCUGUUAAUAUGUGUUUUGAAAGAUAUGUUUUAGAAAAAUAGCUCAAUAGGCCCAAUAAUUUUUUAAAACGUUCCUGUUCAGGGUGGAAAAAUUUAGAAGGAAAAUUUUCACAGCUAAAGUAUUACCCAAGAAAUCAUUAUUCUCUAUUGAAGAAAGAGAAAAAAUAUAUUUCAGGUCUAAGAUCUUCUUGGAUAGAUCUAGAAAAACAAGUUCAUACUCUAAGUGAGGAAAUGCUGUUAAGAAACUUUUUUUUUUGAGACAGGCUCUCACUCUGUCACCCAGGCUGGAGUGGCAUGAUCACGGCUCACUGCAGCCUUGACCUCCCGGGCUCAAGUGAUCCUCCCAAGUAGCCAGGACCACAGGUGUGCACUAUCAUGCUGGCUUUUUUUUUUUUUUUUUAAUUUUUGUAGAGACAGUGUCUCACUACAUUGCCCAGGCUGGUGUCAAACUCCUGGGCUCAAGGGAUCCUCCUGCCUCAGCCUCCUAAAGUGCUGGGAUUAGAGGCACGAGCCACUGCACACAGUCAGCAAACAUUCUCUUAAUCUUUUAAAGUAACCAGUAAACCUACAAAUAGUAAAAUACCAUUUUCACAGGGAUUUUUUUUUUCUUAUUUACUAGGUUUUAUAGAAACAAUGUGAAAUUAUUUUGGAAAGAUAAGGUAGAAUUCUUGAGUAAAUUUGAAGGUCUUACAAUUAAGUGAGAAACACCUUUAAAAGUACAGUAAAGCUAUACCUAAACAAUAACUAAAGGCUAAACCAUUGUAAUGUUGUGUUGGGCCUCUUUCACUUUGACCUAUUGUAGCCACAAACAAAUUUAUUGGUAACCAAUGCUAUUAGGUAUGUAUGAUGUUAGUAGGUAAUCAAAAAUGAAAAAUUCUAGUCUUACAUACCACAGGUUUGAAGUCAUUGUUAAGGCAAUAUCCCCUCUGGAGAAAUGUCAUAUGGCAUCAGCGUAAACAUGCACAAGAAAGAAUAUGAAAAAAAAAUGACAGCUUAAUCUAUGAAAUUAAUUGUAUUUACUGUAUGGAUUUUAUUUAGUGUUUCCUUGAUGUCUGUUUCCUCAUCUCUUAUUUGUUGGAAGAUUACUUUUCUACCUUUUUUUUUCUUUUAAAAUUCCUUUCUUACAUUUCUGUCCUCUUUUUCUCUAGUCCUUCUCUAUCUGGAUAAUAAAAUGGACGACAGCAAAGUCACCUGCAUAUAGGUUUGGGAUGAACCUUUUGCAGAUUGUUUUUUGGUUCAUACAAGUAUAAGAUCAUAUUUUUUUUUCAACUUAGUAAUAGGCAAGGCUUCUUGGAAUAUUAAAUAGAUUGAUUCAGUCUCUUCCCCAAAUCAAAUUGUAUUAUGUAACUUUUAUAUUAGAUGUUUGCAAAAAUUCUGUUGCCCUUUAAGAUCAGUUAUUAAGCCUUUGUUUGUAAUUAUAAAUCUUAUCUAGCUAUGUUGAAAAUCUAAGUGUUUACGAUAUAAGUACUCUUAGAAAAAUAAUUAACUGAUUAUUUCUUCACAAAAUAGGUUUCUCAAUCCUUGUAUUUCAUAAUUAUAAAGAUCACUGUCAAUAUUUCACUGAGCACAUAUAGAGAUACAUAGCUUGUGGCAUAAAAAGUCUUAUAAAUAACAUUCAGAAGGGGCUUUUUUUUAACUGGUACUUUUGCUUUUUUGAAAAUUAUGAAGUUAAAAUUUAACUCGAAGGUAAUAUUUUUCAUGUAUAAAACUAAUCGUGUAUUUAAGCAUACUGUUUGAAUAAAAUUAUAAUAAAUGCCACGUUUUCUUAAACCUUGAAAAUACCAAGCUAUAUUGGAAAGUAGUAGAAAGAAACAAACUGGUGAGAACAUCUUACAAAAUUAUAUUGCAGAAAUUAAGAUGAUUUUCAGGGAGAAUGAAUUUAUAUAUACAACAAAAAUAUACAAAAGCUAACUUGCUCAUCCUAAAAAGAUUUUUCGCUUUGCUUCUAUUUUAUUUAGCCAUACCGUGUACCAUAUUAAUUUUAUGAACACAAAUGAUACUUAACUUUUCAUUUUAAAAUGUUUAUAUUUAUGCACUUUUAGACAUCGGAAUCUAUGCUUGAACCAAGGAAAUAGUAAAUUAGCUGUAGGUCUGCUGGUUUCACUUAAUGGAUACGUGGGUAAGGACAGUGAAUGAAAUUCAAACCCUGCAAUUUUACAUAUCAUUACCAGAUACAACUGGUGGAAUAUUAUAUCAACAAACAUACUGAAACUUGGCUUUAUUUGUAAUGUGAACUAUGUAGAAUCCAUACAUAGCUAAAUUAGAUUUAAAAUCUUAUACAAUCAAGGAAAAGCGUUUUUGUUGCACUGUUACUCUGAGUAUCAACUGUAUAUUUGGUAUGGUGUGACUGGGCAUAACUUUUGUAAUGUGUGUGAGUUAUAUGUUUUUCCUUUUAUUGCCAGCUUCUGAUAAUGAAAUUUCCAAAAGGAUGAGAUAGAAGAAUCAUCUUUUAUAAAAACCAGUGGGGAGUAGAGUACUAUAAUCUAGUUCUAAACUGUCCAUUUGCUUUAUAUAAAGGCUUUGAUUUCUCUAUUUGAUGAAUAUUUAAAUUACACAGAAUAAUGUCUACAUAGAAUAAACUUAAGUAUGCAAGAGCCUUAAAGUGAAAAAAUGAACCUUCUGACUGCCUUAAAAUAUGACUUGCUCUGUAAUUCAGGCAUACUAGUUUCUUUCCUUGGGGUCUGUUUAAAUAAUGCCUUAAUAGUGUUCUAAUGUUUCUAAAGUACAGAACUCAAAGGGUCUUUUAGAGCUUUUAGGUUUACAUAGUGAAUGGAAAUUUAAGUAUUAAGUUUUAAAAGCUGAUUAUACAUUGGUAAUAUAAACAUCCAUUAACAGGAAAAUCUAGGUACACUGAUGUGUUACACAUACAUGACUGUUAACAUCAGUAAUAUUUUGUGAUAGUUUAAGGUUUGUUACUGUUUUGUAUAACAAAUUAUCCAACACGCUGGACUUUAUAACAUGACCUCCAAGGACCAAGUUGCAUAUUUAACACUAUGAAUGAAAAUGCAGUUGUACAGUUCCAAAAAUGAUUAAUUUUUAAGGGGAUUUUUCAAGACAAAAGGCAAAUAUUUUGUUUCAAGACAAAAGGCAAAUAUUUUGUUUCAAGCCUACAAGCAAAUUUAUUCCAAGAAGUGAAUAGAGCAGUAAAACAUAAAGACUAUUGCAAUAAAAAGUUUCCAGGCCAGUGAUUUGUUUAAUUACAUUGACAUAUUUACAUGCACUUUGCCUUUCAAAGCAGGAAUAUGUUAUAAAACUGAAAGAAAACUUUAAAUUGUCAAGUUGGUGCUUUAAUUAAAGGUAUGUAAAAUUUAUUUCAUUUGCAAGGAAAGGACCCAGAAGCGGGGGACCGGGAGCUUCCUAGGUCUGUUGAUAAACUAACUGAUGCUUUGUCCCGUCUUCCAAGUUUUCACUGUAAAUAACACCUAACAAUGUAAUUUUGCUGUUUUCUAAUAGGGAAUGAAUGAAUAUAUUAAUGUAUUACAUUUGUUUCAUGAUAAAAGUUUUCACCAAUACUGUGAAAUCUUGACUUUCUCUCCUUUCUAGUCUUGCAAAAUACCCUACUAAAUCAAUCAUUUUAGACAUGGAGUGCAGGUGGACACUGUCUGAACUGUUGCUGGUCAGUUACUGUAAAAAUUGAUAGAUGUACCAAAUAAACUCUAUGCAUAUUAA